AUGUGUAACCGGAAGCAGAAUCGACGCUGGCAGACCAAGCAAGAUCCGAAAAGAACAUGGCGGCUAAGCCAGAUCCACUUUGCUGUGCAUCUGCUCAACUUUCUGGAGCACUACAAAAUUCACUCGCUUACGGCUCGCAGCUCUGUGGGACGGCGUCUGGCCUUGUUUCAGACGGAGUUCCAACUGCGUGAUAUCCGCAAACAGCAUUGGGCCCCAGCCUUCUUAUCAACCUUGAUUUGUUCGAUGGUCGAGCUGUCCGAGAGUUGGACUCGUGCACAGCAUAAGCACAGAUUGAAUGUCAGGCUCCGCAGUGCCGCUGUCUCGCGUACGGCGUGGCUGCAUUGGCAUGCCUCGGUGUCAGAGGUUGCACUUUCAUCCAUCGAUAUCACACUGCGUACACUUGCUUGUUGUCGCAUGGCUAAGAGCAAGCUUGACGUUGUCAAGCCGCAACGAGAGGCGACUGGCGCUUAG